UUCCUAAUAGUUGCAUAACUGUUAUAUCGUAUACGAAACCGCGCGAACUCUGGUCCGAAUGAAAGUGCAGUGAGAGUGCCGAGGAAAAUAUACCGAGCAUAGCGUACAGCAUGCGAUCAUAGCACUUCCUAUCGACGUUGGCAUUGGACGUUUAUUCUUUGCUACAAAAAGUAAAUGUGAAUUGGUUUUAAAGAAAACAAAAAAAUAUUAAAAAAAAAUGAGAACCAAACCAAAGUUGACUUUUUCGAAACUGGACGAUGAGACGGGUGAAUUACUAGAUAGGAUGUUUGAGAAAAAGGAUUGCAUGGUGGAGAUUAAUCCCGGGAGAGUGAUAUUACCAGCAGACUACAUGACAAUAGGCCAAGAUAUUUUAGACAUGGAGGUGCUACAGGAGGACGUAUGGAUGUGCUCAUAUCCAAGGACUGGUUCUACAUGGGCGCAAGAAAUGGUAUGGCUCAUUGGUCAUGAUCUCGACUACGAAGGAGCCAAGUCAUUGCAACAAAUUCGAUGCCCUUUGGUAGAGUUGUCAUGUAUAAUGGUGGACGGACACGCAGAAUGGCAUGAUGAAUCUGUAAAAGGAACAUCUGUUGACUUGGUGAAGUAUCGGUUGCCACAUCCUCGUUAUAUACGCAGUCACUUGCCCUGGGAUUUGCUACCGGUUGACAUACAAAAAGAAGAUGGUUCAGCGAAGCCUAAGAUAAUCUACACAUCCCGCAACCCUAAGGAUAUGGUGGUAUCGUACUACCACUAUUGUACUCUAGUGCAUGGAUUGAAGGGUACAUUUGAGGAAUUCUGCGAUCUGUUCAUGCGAAACCGCGCUCCUUUCGGCCCUGUUUGGAAUCAUAUUCUUGGUUUCUGGAACAGACGCCACGAUCCGAACUUGCUGUUCAUCAGGUUUGAAGAAAUGAAACGGGACUUGCCAUCUGUAAUUAGGAAGACGGCGAAAUUUCUCGGUAAAACUAUGUCUGACGACGAAGUAGAGAAAUUGUGUGACCAUCUUUCAUUUCAAAAUAUGAAGAGAAACAGGGCUGUUAAUUUGGAAGCUAUUUUGGAGAAAUCCUUUGGGAAAAAGUAUUUGGAACAGACGGAAUUGAGAUUCAUUAGGAAAGGGGAGAUUGGUGAUUGGAAAAACUAUAUGUCGGAUGAUUUGUCUCGAAGAUUCGACGAGUGGGCGGAACAACAUUUGAAGGGUACAGAAUUGAGUUUUGAAUAAUUUGGAUUAUGGUUUAGGAUAAUUAGAGGAGCUCUCGGUUGUAAAGUCUUAAGUUUUUAAUUUUUUUGUUAUUAUAUUAUAUAGACUGCUAUUGUAAAGUUGUUUGAAUAUUAAACUAUUUUAAAUAAA